CGAGAACGAAGAAAAUGUAUGCCCAGCGUCCUCUCUCUUACGCUCCUACGCCGUACAGUUAUACGCCGAAUCCUGCAUUGGCAGCUUCGAUCAAUCUUGAUGAGGAAGUCCGACUAGCCUCGAGCUCUGCGGAGCGGGAUCUCUACGAAUCUCUAGCCGAAAUCUACAGCAUCAUUGUCACGCUUGAUGGGUUAGAAAAGGCAUACAUCAAGGAUGUCAUCACCGAAACAGAGUACACCGAAACAUGCACACGGCUUCUGAAGCAAUACAAGUCCAGUCUCGGCGAUGAAACCGUGGCAAAGGAGUUCGGAGACCUUGAAACAUUCAAACGAUCAUGGGGCUUAGAGUGCCCUCGUGCCACAGAACGUCUCCGUAUCGGCCUCCCUGCUACAGUCGAACAAGCUUCCCACGGCGCUCCCGCUACAAGCAUGGGCGCAGCAGCCGGUGGUGCUCCUGGCGGUACAGCAUCCGGAAGCCUCAUUUUGACAGCCACGGAGAACUUCAUCACAUUCCUCGACGCACUGAAAUUAAACUGGGUGUCGAAGGAUGCACUUCACCCUCUGCUCUCCGAAGUCAUCCAGUCGGUCAACAAAGUGACGGAUCGGGACUUUGAAAAUCGAAGUAAAAUUAUCCAGUGGCUUAUCAUGCUGAACCAGAUGCGGGCGACGGAGGAACUUAGUGAGGACCAGGCCCGGGAGCUGGCAUUCGAUAUUGAACAGGCCUACCACGGCUUUAAAGCUACCUUGGGUUAGUUGAAGGAUUGGAUCAUGGACAAAAGACACCGGAGUUUUUGGUAUAUGAGGUCUAUGGAGUUCAGGAGUUCAGUAUGGUAGCGCUUGCAACCAAGAAUCAAUGUAAUCGUGCUCGUAAGAUGUUUUCUGUUUCCCGUAUCGAACUGAUCUUCUCCAUGUAUCCGAGACCCUUCCCGUUUUGGCGUUCACCCCCUCGCCGCCUUUUGCUCUCUGAGUAGACCUGAGCCUAGGGUGAGCACGGAGUGAGUGGCAAGGUAGAUGAAACCACUUCUUUCGUUGAAGGUAAUCGAUUCCAUUUCCUAAAAAAUGACGAAUCUUGACAUCAAAAUUGAGAGAACUUGGAAUCAUCGAUUGCAUAAGUCGCACUCAUUCUUCACGGGUCAUGCUUAUCACGGUGCUGGCCCGGAGGUUCUGCUCGUAUAGGCCGCCCACGUGGCUCACGAUGUUGUAGCUUUUUGAGCUACGUCUUGUCUAUCUGCCUGUACCUGUGUGUCCAGUCCAAUCGAUAUCUGUCUUCUGAACCUGCACUCUGACAGUCUGGAUCUCAGGUAGAAUCAUUAUAUGAGCCUUUCCAGCAUCGGAGAGAUCAGUAUUAGGCCUCCCAGGCUGCUAUUUAUGUUGCGAACCUUGAGAGGGCUGGCAGGCAAAAUGCAAAAAUGGUGCAUACCCCGGGAGCUUAUAAC